AUUUAGUUAGGUUUGGCGUCGUUCUCAAACUCUGCCUCUGCCACUUGAUGUUUCUGAGUGACAUUACUUCGUGUAGGCAGAAGCUCGUAUCAGAUAAGAUAAAUAGGAGUGAAGCUGUAGAAAUAUCUGGCUGUUUUGGUUGCUUUGACAGCGAGCCAAAAUGGCCGUAAUGAAUGUGGGGGUGAAGGCGCUGUUAAAAUGGCUAAACAGCAUGGAUUUGGGCGAGGAAGGAGAAAAAAACAUCGAGGAUUUACAAGACGGAUUAAUCCUCUACAAAGUGGUUCAUGUCCUGAGAAAAGAAUCCAGUCCCUGUCUCACACAGUCCACUGAUGAUCGGUUAAGACUCAUCACUGACUUUUUGGAAAGGGACUGCAGAUUCAGUCCAGGUAAAGGGGCGUCAAUAUCGUGGGAAAGCAUAAGAGAUGGUGUCAACCUAACACUAGAAAUAUCAAAGGUGCUGUUGUUGCUCGUUUACAAUGACAUGAUGAAUGACCGCUGCACAUUAAACCUUCUGGAAUAUGAAGUAGAGAGGGAGAUUGCAACCCUGACUGACCGCUUUGUGAUGGAAAGUGAGGGCUGUGUGUAUCUCAGCAACGAACUGGAGGCGUAUUUGCAGAGGAAAUAUUUACCUGUUGCAUCCACCAAAAGAGAGGGGUCAUUGGGGUCAUCAAGUUUGUCAAGUGUCUCCUCUCUGUCAGAUGACUCUCCUGUCUUCCACCGCUCGCAGAAAGUAAAGUUUGUGGACCUGCAGACUGUGGCAUCUUCCUCAGUCAGCCGGUCUCCGCUGCAAGACGUCAUGAACACACCUCAGUUUCAGCUGAGGAAGAUGAAACGCGAGAUGAUGAAGGAGAGAGAGUACAGGGAUGGCCUGGAGAGAGAGCUGGCUACCAAGAUGACCUGCAUUGCACAGAGAGAAUCCCAGAUCAACCAGUUACAGUACCGCCUAGAUAAGCUGAAGCAAGAGACGGGUGAGCAGGAGCAGGUUGCCAGAGACCAUAUGCAUGAGCUAGAGGCCAAGAACAACACGUUACAAAUGCGGAUUCAUGAGUUGGUUAAAGAUAAUCAAGAACUCAAGAAUACCUCCUCUCUAAUGGAGCAUAAAGUGGACCAGGUCACAGAGGAGAACGGUGUGCUCUCUGUUCAGAUAAGAGAAGUAUGUUCACAGCUGGUGAUCUCUGAGGCUGAGGUUGGAAGGCUCACAGAGUCACAAACAUCUGCUCAAGAGGAAUUGAAGAGAAAAACCACCCACCUACAGGCAGAACUUAACCAAGCUACAGCCCAGAAGGAGUUCCUGAAUGAACAAAUUCAGAUCCUCCAUGGCAAGAUUGCAUGUUUGGAAGAUGAACUUAACAAAGUCAUCAAGGAAGAGAAAGGAGAAAACAUGGGGCCAAUAAUGGAGCGAGAAACACUGGAAAAUGAAAUCAGAGGUUUGAAGGACAAGCUGGAGAGUGCCCUCAGCUCCCUGAAGAUGGCUGAGCAGGAGGUGCAGACUAAGGAAGAUCUUUUAGCUAAACAGCACCAAGAGAGCUCCAAAAUCCAAGAAGCUCUGCAGCAGAAUUUAAACAUGUUGCAGGAAGAAGUGCAUGACCUGCAGGGUGAAGUUAAGGGCCUACAGCAACAGCUGCAGAGCAUGAGUGCCUCGAUCAAGUUUGCAGAGGAGGAGAUUAAAGCCAAGGAGCUACAGUUGGCCAAGAUUGAGCAGGAGAAAAAUGAACAACAGAGCAUGCUGCAGCAGUGUAUUGCUGCUUCUGAGGAAGAAAUUUCAAAGCUGAAAGAAAUUCAAAGAGAAAAGGAAAACCUCCUCCACCUGGCUGAAGUAAAGAUGGAGAACCUUCAGACAGAGGUCACUAGUGUGAAUUCUAUUUCAGCUGAAAAAGACCAACAACUUGUCAGCCUCAGAGAAGAAGUUGUUGUGCUAACAGACACAGCCAGAAAAACCCAAGAGGAGUUUGAAGCCAAAGAAGACCAGCUGGCUAAGCUAUUGGAGGAGCAAUCUCAUCAGGAAGAGAUUCUUCAGAAUGAAAUCCAGGCCUUAAAAGUCCAAGUUGAAAGCCUAAAUUGCUCUCUUAAUAAGGCUGAACAGGAAAUUAAAGAUCAACAAGACCUACUAACUAAGACCCAAGUAGAACAUAAUCAAGAAAGGGAGGCACUACAAGAACAGAAGGCAAACUUUCAAGAGGAGGUGAAAAGACUAAAUAAGGAUAUCCAGGCUAAAGAGGAACAGCUGGUGACACUGAAACAUGAGAGCACUGCACAUUCUGAAUUACUAUCUCAAGAAAUCAAUGAUCUGAAAAGCCAAGUAGAAAGUAUGAGUGGCUCUCUCAGAAAGGCUGAGAAAGAGGUUGAGGCUCAAGUGGCUUCCCUCACCAGACAGGAGCAGGAGAGCGCUUAUCAGAAAGAGCUUCUACAACAACAGGUGUCUGCUUCUCAGGAGGAGAUGAGGAACAUGAAGGAGACAAUCCAAGCCAAAGAGGAACAAAUGCAGCUCUUGAAGACUAACAGUGCUGAGCAAUCAGAAAUGCUACAGCAGGAGAUCCAAGGAUUAAAGAACCAGGUGGAGAAUCUUACCUCCUCAAUGAGGAAAGCUGAGGAGGACAAGCAGUCCAAGGAAGAUCUACUGGCCAAACAACAACAUGAGAGCACCCAACAGAGGGAGGCACUCCAGGAGCAGCUGGUUGCAUCUCAAAAGGAGGUGAAGGGUCUAAAGGAGGAAAUUCAGGCCAAAGCAGAACAGCUGACCCUGUUAAAAAAUGAGAGCACGGCACAUUCUGAAAAGCUCCAGCAAGAGAUCCAAUGUUUGAAAACAGAAAUGCAAAGCAUUGGUGACUGUCUGAAAAAGGCUGAAGAUCAGGUUCAAGCCAAGGAACAGCUGCUGGCCGAGCAACAUCAAGAGAGCAACAGGCAGAUAGAGGCACUUCAAGAGAGCAGUGCAGUCUUGGAGGACACAGUCAGCCAGCUGAAGGAGGAGAUCCAAACUAAAGAGGGACAGCUUGUCUUGUUGAGGACUGAGAGCUGUGAGCAGUCAGAAUUGUUGCAAAAUGAGAUCCAAAGUCUAAAGCUGCAAGUAGAAACCCUGAGCCAGUCUCUGGAAACUGCAAAAGAGCAGAUUCAAACCAAGGAAGCUUUGCUAUCUAAACAAGAACUGGAGAGGUCUGAGGAGAAAGAUAAACUUCAGAAUUCACUAUCAGCAUCUGAGGAGGAGAUGAGGAGUCUGAGGGAGCACAUCCAGGCUAAAGAGGAACAGCUGGUGACACUGAAACAUGAGAGCUCUGCACAGUCUGAAUUACUAUCUCAAGAAAUCAAUGAUCUGAAAAGCCGAGUAGAAAGUAUGAGUGGCUCUCUCAGAAAGGCUGAGGAAGAGGUUGAGGCUCAAGUGGCUUCCCUCACCAGACAGGAGCAGGAGAGCGCUCAUCAGAAAGAGCUUCUACAACAACAGGUGUCUGCUUCUCAGGAGGAGAUGAGGAACAUGAAGGAGACAAUCCAAGCCAAAGAGGAACAAAUGCAGCUCUUGAAGACUAACAGUGCUGAGCAAUCAGAAAUGCUACAGCAGGAGAUCCAAGGAUUAAAGAACCAAGUGGACAGUCUUACCUCCUCACUGAGGAAAGCUGAGGGGGACAUGCAGUCCAAGGAAGAUCUACUGGCCAAACAGCAACACGAGAGCGCCCAACAGAGGGAGGCACUCCAGGAGCAGGUGAAGGGUCUAGAGGAGGAGAUUCAGGCCAAAGCAGAAGAGCUGACCCUGUUAAAAAAUGAGAGCAUAGCACAUUCUGAAAAGCUCCAGCAAGAGAUCCAAUGUUUGAAAACAGAAAUACAAAGCAUUGGUGACUGUCUGAAAAAGGCUGAAGAUCAGGUUCAAUCCAAGGAACAGCUGCUGGCCGAGCAACAUCAAGAGAGCAACAGGCAGAUAGAGGCACUUCAAGAGAGCAGUGCAGUCUUGGAGGACACAGUCAGCCAGCUGAAGGAGGAGAUCCAAACUAAAGAGGGACAGCUUGUCUUGUUGAAGACUGAGAGCUGUGAGCAGUCAGAAUUGUUGCAAAAUGAGAUCCAAAGUCUAAAGGUACAAGUAGAAACCCUGAGCCAGUCUCUGGAAACUGCAAAAGAGCAGGUUCAAACCAAGGAAGCUUUGCUAGCUAAGCAAGAACUGGAGAGGUCUGAGGAGAAAGAUAAACUUCAGAAUUCACUAUCAGCAUCUGAGGAGGAGAUGAGGAGUCUGAGGGAGCACAUCCAGGCUAAAGAGGAACAGCUUGUCACACUGAAAAAUGAGAACACUGCACAGUCUGAAUUACUGUCUCAAGAAAUCAAACAUCUGAAAGGCCAAGUAGAAAGUAUGGGUGAGGUUGAGGCUCAAGUGGCUUCGCUCACCAGACAGGAGCAGGAGAGCACACAUCAGAAAGAGCUUCUACAACAACAGGUGUCUGCUUCUCAGGAGGAGAUGAGGAACAUGAAGGAGACAAUCCAAGCCAAAGAGGAACAAAUGCAGCUCUUGAAGGCUAACAGUGCUGAGCAAUCAGAAAUGCUACAGCAGGAGAUCCAAGGAUUAAAGAACCAGGUGGAGAGUCUUACCUCCUCACUGAAGAAAACUGAGGAGGACAUGCAGUCCAAGGAAGAUCUACUGGCCAAACAACAACACGAGAGUACCCAACAGAGGGAGGCGCUGCAGGAGCAGGUGAAGGGUCUAAAGGAGGAGGUUCAGGCCAAAGCAGAACAACUGACCCUGCUAAAAAAUGAAAGCUCUGCACAUUCUGAAAAGCUCAAUCAAAAAAUCCAAUGUCUAAAAACAGAGGUAGAAAAUAUUGGUGACUCUCUGACUAAAGCUAAGGGGCAAGUUCAGGCUCAAACAGCUCUGCUUACCAGACAGGAGCAGGAGAGCGCUCAUCAGAAGGAACUUCUACAGCGACAGGUGUCUGCUUAUCAGGAGAAGGUGAAGACGAUGAAGGAAGAGGUUGAAGAUAAAAAGAUGAACCUGUUGAAUAAUGAAGAAAGGGAGAAGCUGAUCAGAGACCUACAAGAGCAGCUUAAAGCUAAAUCAGAGGCUGUGGAUCACUAUAAAGCACAGAUGGAGAAAGCUGUGAGCCAUUAUCAUGGAAAGAAGCAGCUUCUUCAGGAGAACCAGGAGCUAUUGACUGAACUGCAACGCUCUUUAGAAGUCAAGGAUCACAAAGUAAAGGCUGUCACUACUGAGAUCACACUUCUGCAGCUAGAUUUGGAGAAGGCCCAAAGCAAUGAGAAAAUGCUUUUGAGCAAGGUGGCCAGUUUGGAAGCACAGCUGGCCUUUGCUGACUGUAACCUACGGGAAAAGAACAAGAUCCAUGGUAAUGAAAGACGAGGGACAGAGUCGUGUUACUUUGAGGUUCCCAACACUCGAACAAGAAGUCAGACUCGAGCACAGAUGGAGAAACAUAGCAUCAGCUCUGACAGCUUAGACCAGAGCUCUCUGGACGACUCGCUCAACUCUACAAGGAAACCAUCAGCACCUGAGGAGUCCACUCCCUUGGUUCGUAGCUCAGAGCGCUUGGCUGCCAAACGUCGGGCUCUACACACAGAAUCACUGGAGACCCUCUACUUCACACCCAUGAACAGCAGACAGAUAAACAGGACCAGUACAGAGCGCAAACUGGAAGACAGCUUGACCUCUCUGGCUGACCUGGGGCUGGAUUCAGCCAGGAAAAAUCCCACUUCAUCUGUCAAAAGACGCAGGACCACACAGGUCAUCAACAUCACUAUGACCAAGAAGUCCUUGGGCCAUGGUGAGGCUGAGAGUGAUGAGUCUUUCUACAGUCUGGCCUCAGCCCGCUCCCAGCCAAACCUCUCCAGCACUCUUACUUCACGGCCUGUCUCCAUGCAACACGACACACCCAGCAAAAUGGCCGGUGCUGCCAGCGAUCAGCUGCUUAGCCUUCCAGGGUACAGACGUGGGAGCACCGCCCACACUGCAGUCCAUCCACGGACCACCAGUACAUUCUGUGUGGGUGCAGAAAAUGAGCCAGACAAUGCAAGUGAUGACUGGAUGAGGAUCGCUGAACUCCAGGCCAGGAACAAAGCCUGCCUUCCCCAUCUGAAGAGCAGCUACCCUCUGGAGUCAAGGCCUGGCUUUGGAACGACCCUCAUUUUCACAGAUGAAGAUCUCCGUACAGGUGACCCGUCUGAGACAAUCCGCCGGGCAUCCAUGAUGCCUGGCCAGCUGCAAGACUCUCUGGCCUCCCACCGCCUCUCCUUCAUGGUGGGACAGACGGGCGUCAGUGGCACAGGCGGUACACUUCCCCACCGUCACUCCCUGAUGCCCGGCCAGCUUCCAUCAAAGACAGGAAGCUCCUCUCACCUGCAAAGUCCCAAAGGCUCAAAGCGCAAAUCAUCCACUCUUCCCAUCCCUCAAACAUCUCCUGAGAAAAAGGUAAAGGCCAGCUGCUUCCCCCGUCCCCUCACCCCCAAAAAUAAGAACAUCAGCAGUGCAGCAUCCGUCCCUCAGCUUCGUUCUGCCCUCAGUCCUGCUGAGCGGAGGCAGUCUACAGUGUUCACUAUUGAAAACACACCACGGAAAAACAGCUACCUCAAGAAAGGUCUCAACAAAUUGCGCAGCUCCACUAGAAAAUCCCCAGGCAAAAACACAAGAAAAUCACCAGGCCAGGUGACUUCCCACAAGUCCCCGGGACACAUGACUUCCCGUGCCGGAGUGGCACGAGCCACCAGGACUGGGAGCAUCAAAUCUCCCCAGGUGACAGCCAAAGGACAGAGGACAGGAUCCAGCAGCACGGCCAAGUCACCAGGCCUGACGGCAAGCGCUCGCAAGAGGCCUGCUGUGUCUGCUGUGAGGAGCAAGUCUUCAUCAAAGACUUAAUUCUGUAUUGGUCAGUUUAGUGAUGAUGAGCUUCCGGAUGAAGGUCUGAGGCCUGCUCGCCAAAUUUGAGUCUGGAUCGUCUUCUAUCAAGACUGUUUUUCUUCUUUCUUCAUCAGGUUUCAAAUGUAAUUUUGUUAAGUAAUUAUGUAUUUUUACACUACAGGGUUUUUUUUUUUCAUGAUUUUAUUAUUAUUUUUUUAAUCAGGAAAAAUUCUCUUCUACCUUUCUCUCCUGUGUAUUAUAUUUACAUGUUUUGCUUUGAAAUAAAAGCCUUAAAUGUCA